AUGGAGGACGCACACGAACAGCUCAACAUUGCCAUUGUAGGUGCUGGGCUGGCUGGGCUGGCAGCUGCCAUCUCAUGUGCGCUUGCCAAUCACAAAGUGACAGUUCUGGAAAGUGCUAAACAGCUGACCGAAAUUGGAGCCGGGCUACAAGUUACGCCAAACGCUUCAAGGCUGUUUCAGGCAUGGGGGAUUGCAUCCGAGGUCGAAGCUUUGGCGGCUGAACCCACCGUCCUGGCUGUUCACCGUUACAGUGAUGGCAAGGUGCUAGCACAAGAAUAUUCGUUCGACCAGAAUAUCCGCAGGAAGUAUGGCGCUCCGUUCAUUGACAUGCAUCGAGUCGACUUGCAGAAAAUCCUUUACAGCAAAGCUCUAGCCCUGGGAGUGGAUGUCAAACUCAGCCAUCGAAUCUCGUCAGUAGACAGUACACCGGAAGGACCAAGAAUUGUACUUGAGUCUGGACAAAUAAUCGACUACGAUAUUGUUGUCGGUGCAGAUGGGCUUUGGUCGAAAUGUCGCGAAAGUAUGCUCGCCAAGUCAGACGCUCCACUACCAACGGGAGAUCUAGCAUAUCGAAUUGUGUUGGAAAGAGAUCAGAUCAGAGACCCGGAGUUGAAAGAUCGAGUAUCUAACCCAGAAGUACACUUCUGGGUCGGUCCACAUGCCCAUGCCGUCGGAUACUCCCUCCGCGCAGGUACUAUGUACAACAUUGUCCUACUUUGCCCUGAUGACCUACCGACUGGCCAGUCAAGAUCAGCUGGUUCCGUCGAAGAGAUGCAGAACCUUUUCACAGGAUGGGAUCCAAUCCUGACUCGAUUUUUGCGCCAAGUUGAUUCAGUUGACAAGUGGAAGUUGAUGCACAGAGAGGAAGUUGCCUCGUGGACGAACCAACAGAAGAAUUUUGUUCUUAUUGGCGACUCCUGUCAUCCCAUGUUGCCAUACCUUGCUCAGGGGGCUAAUUCGUCUAUUGAAGACGGUGCUGUGCUGGGUCGACUGCUGUCAUAUGUCCAUUCGAAGAAAAAGAUCUCUUGGGCUAUCAACCUGUACGAAGUCUUGCGGAAAUCUAGGAGCGAGAUGAUAGUCCGUGAAACAUUCCACCAGAGAGACGCAUUCCACAUGCCUGAUGGAGAUUCGCAAAUGGAAAGAGAUCGUCUCUUCCUUUCACAGCUGGGUAAGGAGAUAGACGUAAAGUUCCCCAGUCGUUGGUGA